GCCAUGCUGCUGGUGCUGCUGGUGGCCAUCCCGCUGCUCGUGCACGGCUCCAAGGCGGCCGCGCACUACGAGAUGCUGGGCAGCUGCCGCAUGGUCUGCGACCCCUACCCCGAGCUGCCCCCCGCCUCCCCGCCGCCCUUCCUGCCCGGGGCCAAGGGCGAGCCGGGCCGCAAGGGCCGCGCCGGUCUCCGCGGGCCACCGGGGCCACCGGGACCGCGGGGACCUCCGGGAGAACCGGGCCGGCCGGGCCCGCCGGGACCUCCGGGACCGGGGCCGGGCGGGUACAUCCCGUCCUUCUACAGCCCCAAAAUCGCUUUUUACGCCGGCCUGAGGAAGCCGCACGAGGGCUACGAGGUGCUGCGCUUCGACGACGUGGUGACCAACGUGGGCAACUACUACGAGCCCUCGAGCGGCAAAUUCACCUGCCCCCUGCCCGGCAUCUACUUCUUCACCUACCACGUCCUGAUGCGCGGCGGGGACGGCACCAGCAUGUGGGCCGACCUGAUGAAGAACGGGCAG